AUGGGCGCCCAAGCCACAAUAUCACAUUUACCCUCACCAACAUUGACCCCGAGCGAUCCGUCCCCGAAACCCAAUGCCGAGUCAAAGUCGGCGCGAGAGCGAGCCGUGUCCAGUCCAACCAAAGGCGUACCGACACCCGAUCCGUCCAGCGACAGCCAGAGCGAUGACGAGCUGCCCAAGGAUCUUUCAUAUCCAGCGCCAAGUGCCCCAGAGCAUGUACUCGUCAGCGUCAAUGUCGCUAAGAACCGAAGCCGAUCGAGCACAAAGACGAGCAACCCCGACGGAGUCAGGCGCCUUUCCGCAUCCAAGAUCCAAGAGCUGACUGCCGCUCCCGAGUCACUCCCAGUCGCUGCCGUCCCAGAUGGCAGGAUACCUGAUCCCCCAUUGAGCGCAGACAUUGUCGAAGCGAGUCAACGGCCUUCAAUGGCUGCGCAGCAGUUCGCCGCUCAGCUUCGUCAAAAGACGCCGCUUGGGGUGGAGCGGCGAGAAGAUGGGGCAAACCCGCGGGCCACGACCCAGGGGCGGCCAAGCUUGGCUUCUCGGACGGUAUCAACACCGCCCAUGAGCAGGCGAAAGUCUUCAGGCCAACAGCCACCCCAACAGUCGUCCACCCGCCGCAACUCGUUCCACCCGAUUCCACGUCCACCUCCGCUUGACCUUGAGGGUCCGAAUGGCCAUUAUGCAGCGAACGGCGCCCCGGCGCCUGCCCGAAGUGAUAGACCUGAGUCCACUCCCCCGUCUCCAAUACCACCGGCAAUUCCGCUCCCCCCCAUGUCCGUCCCUACACUGCUGCAGCUAGAACUAGCAGGACAGCGCCCGAGCCCGCUAUAUAUCCACCACUCUUACACCAGUGACUUACCGUAUGAGUCGAGCGCCAUCAAGUUUGAACGCCUGCAGAACUUCCUGGUCCUGCCCUGGUUUCUAGAAAAGGCCAUGAGCUUUGGCGCGCUCGCUUGCCUGGACGCCUGGCUGUGGACAUUCACCGUGCUGCCGAUGCGGUUCUGCAUCGCAGUAUCCGUGCUGGUGCAGUGGUGGGCAUAUGUGAUUGGCAAGGAGAUCCGCUGGCUGGUGGGUUUCGUGUGGUACGGGCUCGGGCGUAUGUGGCGGCGUGGACGGCGCGGCCGAUCCUCAUCGGCAGCCGCAAGCAACCGUACGAGUCACGCCAACUCUAGAAGCAAAAGCAGGGCGCAAGAGGAGGUUGCUGGCAAUGUGGCCCGUUCCAGUGCGCGCUCGGCUGGCGGCAAUGAUGGCAACGAUGCCACAGCCCGUCGGAUCGAGAAUCCGCCCCAUCUUCCCUCCGCCGUGGGCUCGUCAAAGAAACCGAGUGUGAGGCAGACGGGUUCGUACAGACACCGCCGGACAAAGUCCAACCCGUCGAGCUUGACCAGUUAUCACAAAGCCGAUCUCCUCCAGGGCGCCAUUAUAGUUUGCAGCUCCAUCGCCCUGAUGAACCUCGAUGCCAGCCGCAUGUACCACUUGAUCCGGGCGCAGUCGGCCAUCAAGCUGUACGCCAUCUACAAUCUUCUCGAGGUUGGCGACCGCCUCCUGUCCGCCCUCGGCCAGGACGUCUUUGAGUGUCUCUUCAGCUCAGAGACGCUCUCUAGGAAUAGCUUCGGGCGCUCGAAGGUGAUGCUGCCACUGGGAAUGUUUGUUCUUGCUCUCGUGUACAACAUAUUCCACUCUGUCGUCCUGUUUUACCAGGUCACUACUCUCAACGUGGCCAUCAACUCGUAUUCGAACGCCCUUCUCACCCUGCUCCUCUCGAACCAGUUCGUCGAAAUCAAGAGCGCCGUUUUCAAGCGUUUUGAGAAGGAAAACACGUUCCAGUUGACGUGCGCCGACAUUGUCGAGCGGUUCCAGCUGUGGAUCAUGCUCAUCAUCAUUGGUAUGCGCAAUGUCGUAGAGGUUGGCGGGCUGUCGGUCCCUGGCGCCGGGAGCGAGGAUAGCGGACCCAGCAGCAUCCCGUUGCACACGGCAUCCAUCCUGCCUGCGAGCUUUACCAUCCUGCCGUCGUGGCUGUGGUCUGGCGAGGUGCUGUCCCCCUUCAUCGUGGUCAUUGGCAGCGAGAUGGUCGUCGACUGGAUCAAGCACGCCUACAUCAACAAGUUCAACAACAUCAAGCCAACCUUUUACAGUAGGAUCCUGGACAUUCUGUGCAAGGAUUAUUACACUAAUGCCUUCGUAACCCCGUCUUUGACCCGCCGCCUGGGUCUCCCCGUCCUGCCGCUCUCCUGUCUCUUCAUCCGCGCCUCUGUACAAAUCUACCACAUGUUCCUCGCCACCCGCCUGCCCACCCCCCUCCCCCCCUCAACGCAGACCUCCCUCUCCACCGAAUCAGCCACCCCUUCCCCGGCCAUGAUCGCCGCGCUAGACCGUCUCGACAACCUCAUCCGCAACGCCCUCGGCCGAGCCGUCUACGGCUACCCCUACACGGACGGCUUCGGCAACCCGACCGACACCAAUUCGACGGAUGAAAUCCCCACCGGGCUCGCCUCACGCCUGUGGCUCAGCCUGCGUUUCACCAGCGACGACGUCAUUGCCGCGGUGACCAUGGUCGUGGUGUUUCUGCUCAUCUUCCUCGUGCUGCUCAUUGUUAAACUCCUGCUGGGCAUGCUCCUCCUGCGGUAUGCGCGCGACAGGUACGCGCGGAUGAAGGCCAAGGAGCAUGCGAUUGCCGCGGGGAAGGCUGAAAAGGAGUCAUUUGAUGCUAAGGGGAAACGCACGGGGGGGUAUGGCCAGGUGGAGGUUGGGGAGGAUCGGAGGAGGUGGAUCUUUGGGGAGGAUCUGGAGGGGUUGAGGAAGGCGAGGGAGAAGGAGCGGAAGGCGGAGGAGAGGGUGGAAAGGGAAAAGGAGAAGGAUUUUAGUGGGGUUGUGAGGUAUGAGAUGGUUGCUAGGAGGAUUUGGUAG